GUCUGCCAGAGAAACUGGAGUAAACCACCAGCAGUGUGUGUGUGUAUGUAUGUGUGGUUGUGUGUGCCAUAGGAUCAAAUAUUACCUAUAAAACAAGUCGAAAUGCAUCCAGUCAGAGUGUCGAUCCCGUCGUUUCGCUCCGAGAACAACUCGAUGGAGAAAGGAUACACGGUCUUUAAAAUUGACGUGCUGAUGAAUGGCAGGCAACACACUGUUGAGAAACGCUACAGUGAAUUUCACGCUUUGCAUAAAAUGCUAAAGAAGAGCAUAAAGCCACCUGAGAUCCCUUCAAAACAUGUUAGAAACUGGGUUCCCAAAGUCCUGGAGCAGAGGAGGCAUGGUCUGGAGCUCUACCUGCAGACUAUAAUUAUGGAAAAUGGGGUUCUUCCAAAGAUAUUCCUGGAUUUCCUGAAUAUCCGCCAUUUUCCUUCAGUGCCAAAAACGGAAAGCUGUGGGUCGUUCGAUACAGAAUCAGAAGAAUCAAGUAAACUUUCACACCAGCCAGUCCUGCUGUUUCUGAGAGACCCCUACCUGCUGCCAUCUGCAAACGAUACAUUUUCAAAUGUUGUGAUUGAAGGUGUGAUACAUGGAGUUUUCUACCCAGAUCUUCAACCGAGGUAGAGCCGCAGAGCCGAGGCUGAGAGCAUGUCACCACAAACGGAUGCUCCAUAUUUUCACACCAUUUUAGGUGUGCAUCAAGAAGAACAUAACAUGUUACACUGAGCCUCAUUUUCAUCUUCCAAAGCAAAACAAAAAACAAAAAAUCCAUUUGAAAAAAAAGAUGCCUAAUCUAUCAAUAAACCACUGGCACUCCAUUUUUAAAACAUCCAUUGACCUUACACUAAGAAAAUUCUGCAACAGUUGUUCUAUUUACCCAUAUUUCACUGGGUUUGUACUCUUUGAAUCGUACUUAUCAGCUAUAAAAUGUAACUAAUUGUGAGUUUGGCUAGUUAAUGUAGAUGUUUUCAGGCUAUUAGAAUAAAAAGUGUCGAAGAAUAAGAAGAUUAUUUUCAGAAAUUGAAGAGCUUAAUACCUCGUAAUAAAUUAACUUAUAUUUUAUUUUUUUUUCUUAAGAAAGUAAAGAGUGAAAUAAACACAGGAUCAACUGGAAACAGAAGUAAGAGGCAGAUCAAAGUAGAGGAGACCUGAAGGUUUUUUUUUUUAUGGCACUUUAACUCUGGGAACCUAAAAGGAAAUGCUGAUGGCAGCUGGACUGAUGGUGCCAGACAGGAGGCCUGUAAGGACAAAGCAUAGGGCUGGAGUGUGGAGCUGGAUCACAGCCUACAAACAGGGAGGUGCCACUCCCUUUGUAGCAGCAGUGCUGCAGUUUUUGGAUUUGUUCUGAGCUGCCAAAUUGAGCCAUCUGAGGCAGACCAGUGUGGAACAAUUUCAAGGCUGCACUCGGCUGGAGUUGACAGAUAUGUGCCACAUGUCAGUGUGGAAAUGAUUGGAGCUUUAUUGGUAGGUUGAGGCAGUGAUGUGGACCUCUUUUAUUGAGCAUCAGAUGUUUGUGAAGGAGUACUGUAGUGUUUACGGUGGUGCUAGUGAAGAGCUACUGGAAGAGCAGCUCAGUUUGAUCAGGUGAUGAGCCUGCUGUUUUUGGCACAAAGCCUAUUUGAAAAGUACCCCGACAGUCAUAAAUAUGUGACACAACCUGUGAGUGAGGAAACACAUGCUUAAAGGUGUAGAAAACAGAUGCUGACA